AUGGAGCCCGGCAGUGCGAGUUUGAAGUUUGCGCUUUUGGCAGUUUUUUAUUCUUUGGUUAUGUCUGCAGCUGCACGUGACAGCGCGGGUGCCAAACGUACGACAGUGAAUCUUUUGAGCCAAACUGUGGAAAGAUCGUCGUCAAAGCAGAAAAACUACGGCACAACUUUACCUCUUCAGCUGGUGGGGACUGAAUGGAGACCGGUCCACGAACUCAGACACAAGGACAAGAUCCACCCUUCGUCUCUGAAGCUGCAGAUUGAAGUGGAGGGCGAACAGCUGCUCUUGGCUCUGGACAAAAACCAUGGGCUGUUUGCGAGUUCAUACACGGAGACCCAUUACCUGGAGGACGGCAGCGCGGUCACCGGCUCUCACAACUUCACUGUGAACUGCUACUACCACGGAGAGGUGGAGGGACGCCAGGACUCGGAUGUGACCCUCAGCACGUGUGAUGGCGUCAGAGGCUUCCUGUCUCUUGGUGACCGCUCCUUCGUCCUGGAGCCCUCCUUGGACCACUCUGACGGGACUCACCUGGUGUACCCCGCCCAGCACCUGCACCUGUCCCCUGGCACCUGCGGACACGAGGGCCUCAACCUGACCUCCACAAACUACAGCUACAUAAACAGAGAUAUGAACCAGGACAACGUCUUCAGAGCCUUCAGUGCACGAAACAAGCGCCAUGCCCAGACCACCACCAAGUACGUGGAGCUCAUAAUCGUCGCUGACAACAGGGAGUUUCAGAAACAAGGCAAAGACGUGGAGCGGGUGAAGCAGAGGCUCGCCGAGAUCGCCAACUACGUCGACAAGUUUUAUCGUGCCCUGAACAUCCGCGUGGCUCUGGUUGGUUUGGAGGUUUGGAGCGACCUCGAUAAAUGCCCCAUCACCCAGGACCCCUUCACCACGCUGCACGAGUUUUUAGACUGGAGGAAAGUCAAACUACUGCCAACGAAACCACACGACAACGCGCAGCUCGUCAGUGGGGUUUACUUCCAGGGGACCACCAUCGGCAUGGCGCCCAUCAUGAGCAUGUGCACGGCCGAGCAGUCCGGAGGCAUCGUCAUGGACCACUCGGAUAACCCGCUCGGAGCCGCAGUGACUUUGGCGCAUGAGCUCGGACACAACUUCGGGAUGAACCACGACACUCCGGAGCGCGGCUGUGGGUGUAGGGUGACCGCAGACAGAGGCGGGUGCAUCAUGACGCCCUCUACUGGAUACCCGUUCCCCACAGUGUUCAGCAGCUGCAGUAAAAAGGACCUGUCUGCCAGCCUGGAGAAGGGCGUGGGCAUGUGCCUCUUCAACAUGCCCGAAAUCAAGGUCCUCUACGGGGGGCAGAAGUGCGGCAACGGCUACGUGGAGGAGGGCGAGGAGUGUGACUGCGGCGAGCCAGAGGAGUGUUUGAACCCGUGCUGUAACGCCACCACCUGUACUCUUAAAGGGGAGGCCGUGUGCGCCCACGGACAGUGCUGCCACGACUGCCAGCUGAAGCCGGCCGGCACGCCCUGCAGAGAGUCUAGUAACUCCUGUGACCUGCCUGAGUUCUGCACUGGGACGAGCCCCCACUGUCCAGCCAAUGUCUACCUCCACGACGGACACGCCUGCCUCCUAGUGGACGGGUACUGCUACAACGGCAUCUGCCAAACCCACGAGCAGCAGUGCAUCACGCUCUGGGGACAAGGGGCCAAACCAGCUCCAGGCAUCUGCUUUGAGAGAGUGAACUCUGCAGGAGACCCCUACGGCAACUGCGGCAAAGACAACAAGGGACUGUUCGCCAAAUGUGAGCCACGUGAUGCUAAAUGUGGUAAGAUCCAGUGUCAGGGCGGAGCCAACCGUCCCGUCAUCGGCACAAACGCUGUUUCCAUAGAGACGAACAUCCCCCAGCAGGAGGGGGGUCGGAUCCUGUGCAGAGGGACUCAUGUGUAUCUAGGAGACGACAUGCCCGACCCGGGACUGGUGCUGACCGGGACCAAGUGUGGAGACGGGAGGAUGUGUCUGAAUCGCCAGUGCCAAAACGUGAGUGUGUUUGGCGUUCACCAGUGCGCCUCCAAGUGCAGCGGGCGAGGGGUUUGCAACAAUAACAAGAACUGCCACUGUGAGGCGCACUGGGCCCCUCCCUUCUGUGAUAAGACGGGGUUUGGAGGCAGUGUGGACAGUGGGCCCAUCAGAUUAGCAGGACAUGGCAGUCUAUUGGCGGGCGUCCUGAUCACCCUCCUCUCCGUCCUGGGCGCUGUUCUGGUUUUCUGCCUGAAGAGGAGGUCUCUGUUGGGGCUGAUGUUCACCAAGAACAAGGGUCCUCUGGAGAAGCUCAGGUCAGUGAGCACUGGUUUGACUGGACCAUCUUCAAACCCUCCUCCUCCUGUGACCACUGCGUCUCCUUCUCGACCUGCUCCUCCUCAGCCCCAAACCGCCGCCAUCUUUAAGCCUGAACCCUUGGCCUCUCCUGCCUCAUAUCCGUCCCACAGUCUUCGGCGACUCCCCCAGUGUCCCCCGGUGCACCUGGGCCGUGCUCCUGUCCCCCUGUCACUGACCCUGUCCCUGUCUCCCGCCCCUGCCCAGCCCAGACCGCCCCUCCCCCCUCCGCACAGAGCCCCGCCCCCUCACCUCCUCGGCCCGCACAGAGGGGUGGGAGUGAGGAGUGGGCCCCGUCAUGGCUCCUACAGGAUGGUCAUGGAGUUGGAGAAGCCAAGCCCCCCUCAGAAGCCCCUCCCUGCUGACCCCAGGGGAGCUCGCCUGGGCAGGAGUCCCACGGUGAACCAGGGACCCCCAGCCUCUGUCCCAGGACACAAUGCACCCAGGCCUCUACGACCCACUCCCCAUUCAAACAGGUCGAGCCCGAAACAUCCUCCCACGUUACCAAAGCCUUGUCUGAUCAACAUCAAAUACAGCUGA